GGGGUGGGGGAGGGGAGAGUAUAUGAGGCGCCGGGUGGGGGAGGGACGCUCAGUCCAGCGGCGGCAGCAGCGCGUGGAGGGGACUCGGGGCGGCGGCAGCAGCAAUGGCGUCCAACGAUUACAGCCAGCCGGCCACCCAGAGCUAUGGGGCCUACCCAGCACCACCAGGACAGGGAUACUCUCAGCAAACAAGCCAGCCCUACAGCCAGCAAAGCUACAGCGGUUAUGGCCAGUCUGCAGACACCUCAGCAUAUGGACAAAACAGUUACAGUUCUUCCUAUGGCCAGAGCCAAAGCUCUGGCUACAGCACUCAGUCAACACCCCCAACUUAUGGAACAACAGGAUACGGCAGCAGCCAGACUUCUCAGACAUCAUAUGGGCAACCCUCAUCCUAUCCUAGCUACUCCCAGCCACCGGCAGCCAGCUCGACAACUGGAAGUUAUGGAAGCAGCUCCCAAAGCACAAGCUAUGGCCAGCCCCCAAGUGGAGGCUACAGCCAGCAAUCCAGCUACAGCAGCCAACCACAGAGCUCCUAUGGGCAGCAGCCUUCUUACAACCCUCCACAAAGCUACGGGCAGCAGAGCCAGUACAGCAGCAGUAGCAGCAGCGGAGGAGGUGGUGGCGGGGGCAGCAGUGGAUCCAGCAGCUACGGCCAGGACCAGUCAUCCAUGAGUGGUGGUGGUGGCGGUGGUGGCGGCGGCGGCAGUGGUGGCUACGGUAGCCAGGAUCAGAGCAGCUAUGGAGGUGGCCAGCAAGACCGUGGUGGCAGGGGCAGAGGAGGAUAUGGCCGAGGUGGCUUUGACCGUGGCGGAAGAGGCAGCCGUGGCGGUCGAGGAGGCAUGGGCGGUGGUGAGCGUGGUGGCUUCAAUAAGUUUGGUGGGCCCCGGGACCAAGGACCGCGCCAUGAUCCUGCUUCUGAACAGGAUAACUCUGACAACAACACCAUUUUCGUCCAGGGACUCGGUGAAAAUGUCACCAUUGAGUCGGUCGCUGACUACUUCAAGCAAAUAGGAAUCAUUAAGACAAACAAGAAAACUGGGCAGCCCAUGAUUAACCUGUACACAGACCGCGAGACCGGGAAGCUAAAGGGGGAAGCCACAGUGUCUUUUGAUGAUCCCCCAUCUGCCAAGGCAGCCAUCGAUUGGUUUGAUGGAAAGGAAUUUUCUGGCAACCCCAUCAAAGUCUCCUUUGCUACCCGGAGGGCGGACUUCAACCGUGGCGGUGGAAAUGGACGGGGUGGCAGAGGCCGUGGAGGGCCCAUGGGUCGUGGUGGAUUUGGUGGUGGAGGUGGAGGGGGCAGUGGCAAUAGUGGCUCCAGUGGAGGUAACAGAGGUGGCUUCCCCAGUGGAGGCGGUGGCCAGCAGCGCGCAGGGGACUGGAAGUGCCCUAACCCGACCUGUGAGAACAUGAAUUUCUCAUGGCGUAAUGAGUGCAACCAGUGCAAGGCACCAAAGCCCGAUGGGCCCGGAGGACCACACAUGGGAGGAGGAUUUGGGGAAGAGCGCCGCGGAGGCCGAGGUGGUUAUGACCGUGGUGGCUUCCGAGGAGGCCGAGGUGGUGAUCGGGGUGGCUUCCGAGGAGGUAGAGGCGGAGAUCGGGGCGGUGGAUUUGGGCCAGGAAAGAUGGAUAACAGAGGUGACCACAGACAAGACCGCCGUGAGAGACCCUAUUAAGACUGUACAAAUUCCCAGACCAUGUGACUUAUACUUUUUUUAUUUUGUAUGUCAGACUUUGUGCUGCAGAAUGUAAAGCUCGUUCCAUUUGUGUAAAACUUUGUAUUGCCCUCUCAAUUUUACCCUUUUUUUUCCCCCUUCUCCCUGUAUCUGGAAGAAUCCCCUACAUUAAAAAAAACAACCCAUUGUUUUA